AUGCCGACCGUCGUAGCAGCGCUCAACUACUUCUGUGGGCCGCUCACAGGUGUAGACAAAGAAAUCCAGGACUCCCUUCUUCAAGCGGUUAGGCGCCAUUCACCCCCGCGUCAGCAUCGUACUAAGCCCAGUCACAUGGCACGGUUAUUAGGGGUUAAGACCAAUGGCAAUGGGGAAUGGCUUGUGCAUAUAAGCAGAUCCAGGACGGACCAGUGCUCUAAGGGUGCAGUGUUAGCUUUUCGCUUUAAUGCAAUGGAGGAAGCGCUCUGGAAUAAGUACACUGCUACCUUGGGUGGGAGCGGGGGGCUGCCACACAAAGCGCUCACUAUGGAGCUCAUCAAAAUGAUGUCAUGCAAGCUGGGCGCUGGAGAACGCUGGGAGGGUUCCAAAAACUAUGUAGCACCCAAACCUCUCCCAUCUUCUCUUCCUCCCGCUUUUAACUAG